AUGUCAGAAAAGUUGAAGGGCAAAGUUGAACGUUCUGGUAACAGUAGUAGUGAAGCCAAAGAAUGUGGCCUCCCUUUGGAGAAACUGAACCUUGGUCCAAGAAAGAAGCUUCUUGUUCUUAGCCUUGGCGGGUUGCUUUGUCAUAGGGUACACCGCUACGAAAGAGCCAAUAUACCACGCUUUCGCUAUGUUGAUGCAUCAUAUGGAAGCUUUUUAUGUUAUUUGGACAUUGCCUUGGAUUGUGUGAUGAAAGGACUGAGGAGUAAACUGGUAUUUGCUUGGGAUCAAGUUAAAUGCACUGAUUCUGGGUUCAAGACCUUGGAGAAGAGAGACAAGCCUCUCUUUCUGAAGGAGUUGAAGAAAGUAUGGGAAGGUAAGUGCUCCAAAACCAGAUCUUCAUCUACUGGGAAAUAUUCUUCAUCAAAUACACUGUUGAUGGAUAACCAGCCUUACAAGGCCCUGCUGAACCCUCCUCACACAGCUAUCUGUCCUGCUGAAUACAAGGUUGACCAAGUUGAUGACAUGGCUUUAGGUCCCAUGGGUGUAUUUGGAUGGACUGGCAGAUGCAGAUGUUCCUUCUUACAUCCUCUUUACACCUUUGGGGGGUGUAAAUAUGUUUUUUGCUCCAAUGGGAAACAAUGUAAAUCUAAAGAUGUAAAUACUCUUCUCCAUUUUUCCUUUACUUUUCUUAGCUGGGUCCCACUUGCAAGAGAUGUAAAAAAAGAUGUACAAUCAAUUGCAUCUAAAUUUACAUCUCAUGGUGGUGAUAUAAUUAUACAUUCAUUUACACCCCCCAUUGCGGGUGAUUCCAAUCACAACAGGUGUAUAUUUAACAUACACUCCAUUAUACACUGUGGAUGCUCUUAUGUUAAAAUACACUGUGGAUGCUCUUAUGUUAAAGAGCAUCCAUUUGGCCAGCCGGCAGUAACCACUGCCCAUUUUGAUUAG